AUGGGGGUUUGUGCAUUAACUCAGAAGGGAUCAUCAAGAAAAAUAAGUAAACCUGAAGUUGGCCUAAUUUUGGAAGGUGUUACAAAAGAAUCUUAAAUCAAUGAAUCUUAUAAGACUUUAAUAGGCCAGACUUAAACUGUGUUUGAAAAUUUGAUAAAUAACAAAAUUAUCAGUCGGAAUAUUAGUUAAACGGAAUAUGAAUUCUAUUCUAAAUAGACAGAGGAAUUGAGUCUGCUAAAUACCUAUCUCUAAAACUAUUACAAUAACUAUUAUAGAAUAGUAGUUUCUAACAUCAAAAGUGAAAACCUGUAUUAUUUUGAAAAUCUAAAUCUUAAAUUCAUUAUCCAACUCUAUUUGGCAAUGAAAACAAUAAAAAAUAAUGGAAAAGAAUGGUGGAAUAAGUAGACUUUUUAUUCACUUGAAAAAUUGAUCACAAAUAGAUUUGAUAUCUAUUCUAAGGUAGUUGAGGAAGGAAGGAUAACACCAUUCUUAAAUUUCAUACUACUUUUGAUGAAAUUAAGUAUAAAGUUAAUGUAGAUGGAGGGUAUGACUCUUUAAGAAAAAGAAAUAUAACCAAUUUUUGAUACUAAAGGAUCAAUGCUUUACAAUUAAAUCAAGUUAGAAUUAUUGAUUUGA